CCACCUUCUAGGCUCAUAUAUAAGGACUGGUUCUCGUCUUUCUCACUUAUCGUCAUGCUCGCCGCCCACUCAGAAGCGCCGCCGGCAGCCCCUUCUUUCUUGGGCAACUCACGCAGGCCUGAUAUAGGGGGCCGGCUGCGUCAGUCCGCUAUGCCAGACGAUGACUUUCCAGAUCAAUCGCGUGCCGCCAUCUUCGCCGACGCGUGUAAGUUCAGGAGCAUAUAUGGGCUGUCUCAUAUCUCUUGUCUUGGUAUUGUUCCUCAUGUCGCCCCUCUUUCUUUUCUACGGACUUAUUUGUUACGGCCAGUUUCAACCGGCCGAUUUUCGGACAUUAUGCUGAUAGCACACAAUCAAGUGUACCGCCUACAUCGCGUCAUUUUGAUCCAGUCGCCUUUCUUCCGACGAAUGUUGCUGGAUCAGACCGGCAAAGAAGUGGUCGUUGUUGAAGGAUCCAUGGGAAUCGAGAUGGGUGGUGAUUGGAGGGUGGCCAAAGAGGGGAUGGACCUCUCUCUUAGGGAUCUAUACAUUCCUCCAUCGUACCGCCCCAAGCACGUCACUUACCGAAAUGCGCUCACCGUUUUGCCGGCGGCAUGCUAUCUCGAACUCAGCUCCCUAUCGCAUUUCUGCGUCGACGUGGUACUGAAGACCUUGUCGACAGAGACAGUGGUAGAUUAUGCAUCCCAGCUCGAAAGGCUUCGACCCUCACCUCGUGGGAUCACGUCUCCGUACGGGCCGAAUCACCAGUAUGCGAAGCUUUUCAGAGACUGCUACACGGAACUGUACGAUGCGAUUUUGUGCUUUAUCUGUGGGGUGAUCAACUCUGGAUUGUCCUCGGAGGAUGCAGUUGCGAGCGCGCAAUGGGAGGGUGAGCAGGAAGUGGAACAGGACAAGAGAUCUAUCGCGGCUGAACAGCUUCUGGCAAAGCUUCCGCUGUGCUGGAUUCGACGUGUGUUGGAAAGUGAUUUGUUGAGUGUGCCCAACGAGUUUGAGCGAUAUGAACUCAUCAAGAGGGUUGUGAAGAUGCGGCGUGUGAAGACGACAAUUGAGGAACGAUCAUUCAAGCGGGAGAAUUCCUACGAGCCGCAGGAUGAGAUCGACGUUUCGGUUUGGAGCGAAGCGGAGACGGGCAGCAUCGGGCAACGGGAUAUACCCGCCGCUGCACAAGCUGAUGUGGUCACGCGGAACGCCCUCGCCGCCGAAAGCGUGUUCCGCUUGCGCAACUACGUUGGCAGGCUAUUUGGGCGCGGGGCGCAAACAGCUGAGGCAGCUUCCCCAACCGGCAAUCCGGCUCAAAGGAAACGCAAGCGAUCCGGCAGCGAUGUUGAGAACGAUCACCCCUCUGCUGAUGAAGAUGAGUUUGUUGAUGCACCGGAAGCGGCCGGGAUAUCCACUCCUCGUCCCGCGCGUUUCGUUCGACGUACCCCAGUUCUACGCAGCCCGGCCCGGACGCCCACCUCAAGUAUGUCGCACAAUCAAUCAUACAAUACAUCGACCAUUGUGCACACUCACUACGGCUUGGGCACCCUUCCUUCUUCUGCGGGCGCGUCAGCUGAGGACACGGUCAUGGCGGGCAUCUUCCAAACCGCCGUAGUAUAUACCUAUAUGACCUUUCCCCAGCUGGAACUGGUCAAGCAAGACGGGAUCGUGCCUGAUGCCGUUGUGCUGGAGAGUUUUUGGCUGCAGGCUCAGUUGAUGAAUGGGGGAACGGGUGGUACGAGUGGAUUGGGCGCCUCGAUGCGACCCUUGGGUAGUAUCGGGAAUGGGUUCAUGCAGCAGGGGCGGCGUGGUGGUCCCGUUGGGGCACCGCACAAUGCAACGAAUUUUGGAAAGUACCGAUUCGCGAUCGAGUUCAAGAACGUGCAGGAGUAUUUCUUGGGACCAGCGCAACCAGGUCGAUCUCGCCACGGCAAGGAGCCGAGUCUUUACCCCACCGUGGAGGAGGUGACUGAGGCCCGGAAAGCCAAAAGCGCCCGCAGUGCGACGGUCAUGACCUCCGAGUCUGUCAUUUGCGCUGGAUUGCAUUACAGAGUGCUGCUCAGCUUGUGCACAGAAGAUGAGGUGGAGGAAGCUGGGAUUGAUGAAAAUGAGGAAUGCGAUGCUUUGGAUGAUAGCCGCUCGUCGCCUGCGAAGCGAGGAGAUGCACCCGCGACUUCGAAGAAGCAGGCACCACGGCUUAUGCUUCGUGCGCUCCUCCAACGCAACAAAAUCGUUGAUAAACGCGCUCAAAAGCAGGCGGCAACGACAGACGAAAAUGGAGCGGGCCCGUCCACUUCUUCGGGUGCGGCACCCCCCAACCUAUCAUCGAGCUCUACGACACCUGCUAUCUCUUACCGCAUCCAUCUAUUCAACCCUCGUGACUUCAACGUCGACCCGGCACCGCCUUCAACAUCAGACAUUUUGACAGCCGAUAUUACUGGUCCACCGGCCCGCGCCGGAACUGUGAACCCGCCGGCUGCGGGACCAUCAUCUUCUACGGCACCGAGCACGAUGACGAUUAACAAGCAAUUCAACCGAUGGCGGCGUUUCGGGAAGCCCGUCACGAAAUGCGAUUUUGAUGGAGACGGAUUUGUGAAGGGCGUGCCUCUGAGUGAUGUUGUUGCGGGCGGCGGUACAGGCGACGCUGUUGAGCUGGCCGGAGCGGCUGUCGGCGGGAAGAACGCGGGCAGUAAGGAUACUGUUGGUGGUGAUCUGUGGGCGAUUGUUGUCAUUGAGUUCAAAUGAGCGUCGUGGUGUGGAUUGAUGUAGACUGGCAGAGAGUGCGGGCCGGUGCCGAGUAGCGGAGGUCUUAGAUUUAUCAUGUAUGUAUGUGUGCAUGCGUGUAAUGUGUAAUAGAUAGUGUGUUUUCGAGGC